AUGUCGGCCUCAUUGCCUGGAAAUCGCGACCUACCCGCGUCUCAAUAUGACCUCUCCACGUAUUGGGGUCGAGUCAAACAAUCGGCGCAGAUAGCUGAUCCUAGGACACUGUUCGUCUCCUCGUCGGGCCUCGAACAAGCCAAGCGACUGGUCACGUCCUACAAAACCGGCGAAGCGAAGACGAUGACGCCUGAGAUAUGGAAUGCAAAGAAGAUUGUGGAUUCCACACUCCAUCCAGAUACGGGGGAGCCGGUGUUUCUCCCGUUUCGAAUGUCUUGCUUCGUCAUCUCGAACUUGGUGGUGACGGCCGGUAUGCUGACGCCAAACAUGACCACAGCCGGGACCGUGGCGUGGCAGGUCAUCAAUCAAUCUCUCAACGUGGCAAUCAACAGCGCCAACGCCAACAAAUCGUCACCGCUCUCGACGAAGACGCUGGUCCAAAGCUAUCUCCUGGCUGUGUCUGCCUCCUGCUCUGUGGCGGUCGGGCUCAACUCAAUCGUCCCUCGACUGAAGCGAGUAUCUCCGAACACGAGGCUCAUCCUCGGCCGACUCGUGCCUUUCGCAGCUGUCGCCUCGGCCGGUGCUCUGAAUGUGUUCCUCAUGCGAGGCGAGGAGAUUCGCCGUGGCAUUGACAUCUUCCCCGUGCAGUCAGACGCAGAGAAGGCGGAGCGGGAGAAGACAGGGAAAGAAGUUGCCAGCUUGGGAAAGUCUCGAAAAGCAGCAACGCUUGCGGUGGGCGAGACUGCCAUCUCCCGUGUACUCAACGCUACGCCGAUCAUGGUCAUUCCGCCACUUGUUCUCGUACGGUUGCAAAAGACAGAGUGGAUGAAACAACGGCCGAGAAUGGUCCUCCCGGUGAACCUGGGUCUGAUUCUUACGACGAGCAUCUUUGCUCUGCCGCUCGCGUUGGCAGCGUUCCCUCAGCGACAAGCGGUGAGUGCCAAAAGUCUCGAGAAGGAGUUUUGGGACAAAGGAGGCGUAGAUGGAAUGGUCGAGUUCAACAGGGGCAUCUGA